CAUACCCCAUACGAUUACGAACGAGACCCAAAUGAAAAACAAUGAAAUAAUCAAAGAGAAAUGACCAAACUCAAGGUUGCUCCAUAGAUUUCCCAAAAGGGAAGAAUUUUUCUUUUUUAAUUUAGAAAAAACAGUUUCACACUUCGUGUUAGGGUUUCUCAAUUUCGCUUUGGAACCUAAGGUGCUGUGUGUGGUUAUUGAUGUUGAGAAAGAUCAACAUUGUAGCUUGAAUUUUAACAAGAAGAAGAAGAAGAAAGAGCUAGGGAUUGUGAAUUGAAUGUUUGAUUUUUGUGAAUGGCCUGCGAGAGCUGUGGCUGUGAAGGGAACUUGAAUGUGAGAAAGCCUCAGUUCUAUGAGUUUUAUUCUUCCACUCCUGAGAAGCUGAAAAUUCCUGCUGCAUUCAUUCAUCACUUGCAGGGUAGGGCUGAUGGCUUAGUUUCAGUAACAGGCCCUAGUGGAAAAUCUUGGCCAGUUCAAUUAAUUAAGAUGGAAAAUGAUAUGUUCUUCCAUCAGGGAUGGCCAUCGUUUGUGGGAGAUCAUCGUCUGGAAUGCGGUGAUCUGUUGGUUUUCAGAUAUGAAGGUUACCUAAAUUUCACCGUGCAAGUAUUUGACAAGAAUAAAUGUGAAAAACUGGGAUUAAAUUCUGAAUGCAGUCAAAAUUCAGGCAACUUUGAUAAUAUAAGAGGUCACAAAAGAGAUAGGAGUGAGAAAUCCUCUCUGGAUGUUAUUGUUGAAGGGGCUACAAAGAAAAUGAGAGGCAACAAUGCCGACAACCAAGAACUUAAGCUGAGUAUAGUUGGGAAAGACAUAUUGCAAUAUGAGUUAGUAAAACCUAUUAGUAUGUUCAAAGAAAAAGAAGAAACUUCCAGAGCAUGUUCAACUAAUGACAUUCCAUUGCCUUUUCAUGUGGGGAAUAGCAAUGAAGAUGAAGAUGCUGAUCAAUAUAUUCUGAAUGGUAUUUCACUAUCAAACUUAGCAGCACAUGAUGAGAAAAAAGUAGCUCGAUCAUUUACUUCAUCUUUUCCAUAUUUUGUAAGGAUCAUGAAGAGCUUCAACGUUAGCGGUUCAUAUACUCUGAAUAUCCCGUAUCAAUUUUCAAUGGCACAUCUCCCAAACUGCAAGAUAAAGAUUAUCCUCCAUAAUUUGAAAGGAGAACAUUGGACUGUUAAUUCUGUGCCAUCAACAAGAGUGCAUACAAGUCACACUCUCUGCGGAGGAUGGAUGGCCUUUGUGCGCGGCAAUAACAUAAAGGUUGGAGAUGUCUGCAUUUUUGAACUCGUGCAUGAGUGUGAAUUACUUGUUCGUAUUGCUGGAGGUGGAAAAGAUCUACAAGACCCGGUUGCGAAACCAGAUUUAAGUAACCCUAGUGCAGGACAUGCUAUCACUUGCCAUAAAGCUUCAAGAUAUAUGUCAGUGAAUCCUAAAGACAACCCAAAAAGCGUAAUAAACGUUGAUCAAUCAGUUAAAAAGCGGUCAAAGGUUGGUCAAGAAGCUGCUUUUUCCAUUGAAUUAAGGAAAUCUGGUAAAAGAUCAAAUUCUUCUAAGAAAACGGGGCUUGGCAAUCGGACUAAAGCUGCCAAUAAAAAGUUGGCAGAGACAGCUGCUCAGAAGAGGCAUCGUGUUGAAGAUGAAUUAAGCUCACAAGCUAAUGCUGGUUUGAGAAUGUUGUUUGCACUCGAUGAACAAAGAGUGGCUCAAGCCUUUACAUCCCCUUUUCCUAAUUUUGUGAAAAUCAUGAAGAAGUUCAAUGUCAGUGGAUCAUACACUUUGAAAAUCCCAUACCAGUUCUCUGCUGCACAUCUCCCAGCCUACAAAACAGAAAUUAUUCUUCGAAAUUUAAGAGGUGAAAGUUGGACUGUGAACUCUGUACCGGACGCAAAAGGCAGAACGGUGCAUACCUUUUGUGGUGGAUGGAUGGCCUUUGUUCGCGAUAAUGACAUCAAUUUUGGGGACACAUGCAUAUUCGAACUUGUUGCUCAGGGUGAGAUGCGGGUUUAUAUAUCUGGGGUGGGAAAGGAGGGGCUUGAAAAUCAAAAUGGUCAAGUGAAACUUAAUAGAUUAUUGGCCAACGUUCCAUCUACCUGCUAACGUUCUUGUUUGUGAGACAGAUAAGUUGAUCUUUAAAUGGAGAUGUUUUUUAUGGUGAGAGUUGCAAAAAGAUCUUUUGCAUGUAGUGUAUGUUUCAGUAAUUUUGUACUCUUUAGUGGUAUAUGUUUAACACUUCACCAUUCACAUCUCAAUUCAUCAUCACCCCAAGAUAUUUCAUAUUAGAAUAUAUUAUUAGUAAUGCUUAUUAUGCCAUUGCUUUUGAGUU